AUGCCCCCAAAUCGCGGAAUAAAAGAGGCCUCGCAAGGCUCGGUACUAGAGAAGGCGGUCGAAAAGAUGUGUGGUAUCAUCAUGCAGCAGCUCUUGAGAGGCCCGGAGGCAGUUUCUGAGCAAUUUCAACAUACACCCGAGGACGUCAGACGCAGCAUUGGUCCCAUGAUUAUCAGUGAAGAUAAUGAAAUCCUCAGAUUGAUUUGUGGUCGGGUUUUUGCGCUACUACUAAACGCUGAUGUUCUGCCCGAAGAACUCUGCCCUGUAAAAACCGACGAAAGGGAAUACGAGGAUUUUCCAGUUGAUUUGCAGAAUUUAAAUGAGUGGAAAUCACAAUUCCAGCAGUGGGUAGACCGGAAGUGGCCCGAUAAUGAAAGCCAAACACCACCGCAUAUGCUUUAUUACAGUCUUAGUGUUGUGACUAUACCACCAUUUCGAUUGGGAACAUUGGGUGAAAGUAUAGAACUGGUUCUAGAAGACGGCUAUAUUCUUCUGCUGAAAAGCUCUACGGAACAAGAAUUGGAUCAAAUACUACAAGUACCAUGCAACUCUAUCUCUCGAGUUUCUGUCAUUGACAACUCUAUUAUUAUCAACGAAAGAGAAGUUUACGAUAUCGUUUUUGACAUCAAGAAUGACCAAGCGCGUUCUUCUCAUCUAAAUUCCCGACCUACCACUCUUCAACAACUACGUUUGACCACAGAUUCAAAUAGGAACGAAUUAAUGAUCGAUCUUCACGAUGAAUGUCCCGAAGCAGAAUUCCAACCGGAGAGGGUUCAAGUGUCUCAAGCUGAAGACGAUAUACUAGUGCAAGGAAAGGGAAGUUCGCCAGAUGCCGAGAGUUACGAACGGCCUUCGGAAGACGAGCAUCAACCAGCAACAGGUGAUCCAAUGACGUCCGAGUCCGAGGACGAAGCACUAGAUACCCUGAAUAACCUUGACUGUCAGGCUCAAGGCGAAGAUUCUCGAAAUCAAGCAGACGAUAAUAUAUCUUUGAACGUACUUGAUAAUUUGGACCACUCCCAACAAAAAUCGAGCAGAGAUUAUGCAGCUAAUAAAGUCAAUUUACCUGAGAAUAGUGGUGUUGCGAGCUUCAGCGACUCACCUACGAUGCCUACACACCAAAAGAAUAUCCCAUCAUUCGACGAAGCUUUAGGAAUAGCCGAAAGAAGUUCUGAAAUAAGUGGUCGGAUACUUCUUUUGAGGCAGGAAAGCAAAUCUCGCUCUCAAAUUUCUCAGCCUCUACCGAUCACCGAGAGUCCACCCCAAAAGAUUGCAGCCAAUGACACCCUUACUGUCAAGACUAAAGGUAAAGUGUCUGCAAGUCUAAGUAUCGGAAGAGAAGUACUCAUACCAGAAGCACAACCAAGUACUUCUCAAGCACCCCAAAUCAAAAUACCAAUUUUGAAAGCUAGUAAAGUAUCAAAGAAAUAUGCUGUUAAACCCAAGACACCAAUUGCGGGCGUGAAAGAGCUUAAAAUAAAAAGGCCUGGCAGUUCAAAACAAAAGGGCAAAUCAAGUGGAAAAGGCAAGGGAAAGAACACAAAGACCUACCAAAAAGCCAAGCCCGCCCCAACGGCAGUCGAGGAACCUGUAGUCGCGAAGCGGAGUAGCCAAAGAGCGGCUGCUAAUGGGAGAGACAAUGAACCAGCGCAGCCCAAUGUCUCGCGAAAGCGUAAGACGGCGGAACAACCAGCUGAGCCAGCUUUUUCGGAGAUCAAGUUUGCUUCAGUGCUAGAGUCGGCUGCAGAGGAAGAUAAGGAAGCAUUGGUUCUUCAGCAGCAGAUGCCCAGUCCGCCGAGACAAAGGGUCAACAAGGUUACAAUCAAGAAACCCCCACGAAACCUUCCCGAAAGACGGGCAGCUGUGAAUUUCGCCAGCCAACUGGAUGAUCUCCUGAGCGAUGAUACUAAGGAAACCGUGGUCGAGGAUGCCAAAGAUAAUAGUCGCGAUGGCCCAGAUGCAGAUUCAGAGGAGCUACAUUUAAAGGAUGGAAAUUUAAGCCAGCCAACUCAACGUGUUGAAGAAGUGGUGCGCGCAAUUCCACGCGAGACGGAAGUCAAGAAAAGCGAGAAGAUUAUCACGAAGAUGGACGAGUAUGUACUCACCGCAGAUAUAAUCGACCCAGUACUUUCAAUUCCAAGCCACUCCUUAAGCAUAUCUUCGAUUAACUCCAAGCAGGAAGCGAUUCACGAACCAGUUGCUACAAAGGCUUCAGCUUCCACUGACCAUCAAACUGAAAGUCUGCUAACUCUACAACUAUCAGACGUCGAUUUGGUCGAGGAAAAGAAGCGAAAGGUUGCAACAGAGAUUGCUAUACCACCCAAACGCCGUAGACAAAUUGCGACAAAUAACUCAGGAAGCCCUUCAAUCUCAUCAUCUGGUCCCCGCGCACAAGGAAAUGCAUCUCCCGAAAGCCUGGCUAGCAAGAAUAGAGUUCUACUUGAUGAUCGAAGUAUUCGCAAGCCAAACUUCAUACACUUUAAUGCUAAAGGUGCACAAAAUCAGGGCUUUUCUGGUACGUCAAUACCUGUUCCGAAACGAGACCCUAAGUUACACAUCAAAACAUCGAACACUGCGAAAGUCAAGUUGCAAGACAUGUUUAUUCGUUUCUCAAAGUCCCCCAGAAAGCGUCAGAGUGUUAGUCCGCCGAACGUAGCUUUGCCAACAGAUACGCCGAUCUUGGUAGAUGGUACAACCAGUCCUACAAUUCCCACAGCUCUUAAAUCAAGCUCACAAGGAUCUCGAGUGGAUGCAUUUGGUAGCCCACAAGCACAACACAUUGUACCUUCCAUUGGUCAUGCUCUCCGAGUCGAGCAAAGAGAGGCAGUACCAGAGUCUGACAAGGCAGGGCCACGAACUAUGGACUCUCAUCAGGAUUUACCUGAAAUCAAAGUUCUAUCUCCUGAAUUGGACGCCAAGGAUAUUCCAGAGCUUUUUGGUCCGCGUAUCAAGGUAGUAAGCAUCCCAAAAGCACGUCCUGCUCCACCGGGAGAGUCUUCUGUUCGAUACAUCCCGCAUACAAAAACUCAGAACGGAUCUUAUAAAGACAUUUCAACCAUGGAGAACAUACAAGAGGUAAAAGUUCUGCCGGAUCCAUUCGUUGAUGUCGACAAUCACAAAUCAAGUGGGUUUACAGAACGAUUACGGGCACGUGAGGCUGAUGGAGGCUUGAAUGUUCGUUUCAGCGAUCCUGACAAAACUCUAGUGGAGAUGACAGAGCAAAGCUAUAGUAGAGAGUCAUCUUCACCGAGUGAAUUGUCGAGUAAUUCAUCUUUCCGGUCGACUGGUUCCUCUAACAUUCCAAGACAAGAAUUAUCUCCCCAUAGUCAAUGGUCAAAGGCUGUCAGACCACAUUACAAGGGAUAUGCAGAUACUGUUCAUAAAAUUGCCGAUGAGAUGGUGAUUAGAUUGACUAAUGAAGAAGAUGCAUCAGAGCUGGUUGUUCGUCAAUACAAGGAGAACGCUACGAGUAUGCUCGAGGAUUUGAGUAGCAAGCGAGAUCUGGAGAAGCUCAACAUACGCCAACAAAUCGAAAACAAGAAGACAGAAUUGAUUCGAAUGUAUUCUGAAGCUGGGAAAGCCGUGAAGCAAAUCGAAAAGGAUAUAACAACUUCUCCCAUAGGUGAUGUUGAUGGAACGUGGCAGGAGAGACAAGAGUUCAUACAAAGAGAAUUGAAGGGAGGGAGACGCACAUCGGAUUCAUGA